AUGAAAGGUAAAACUGUAUGGAGAGAGAAAAACGGCAUCGUUGUUUUCAAAUGGAAGGAUAAGCUUAUACUUACAACUAAGCAUAAACUCAACUUCGUUGAAGUCUCAAGCAGAACUGAGACCAACAGGAAGCCGGAAGCUAUUGUGGCUUAUAAUAAUGCAAAAAGCUUUAUCGAUGUAUCCGACCAGUUGUCAUCCUACUCUACCUCAGACGGAGUAUCAAAUGGUACAGGAAGGUGA